AGAUGUGGCCUAAAUUUCUUUUUCCCAAAUCUAUAUAAUUAUGAAAGCAUUUCUUUCUUUUCCUGGACAUUAAAGGGUCAGUGGAAAGGGACCUAGUUAAUACAAGAUUACAAAGAAAAAUAAUUGGAGUUUAUUUAAAUUAUCAUGAGCUGCCAGGUGCAUUGAAGGAAUAACACUUGCUCUUUAAAAAUUCAUUUAAAAAACAUUUUUAGGUGUGCAUACAUAUGUAUAUAUAAGCGAACAUUUGGGCAGACAAGUAAACAUUUGAUUUUAAGUUAAAAACGGUAAAAAUCUGUGGCCAACUGUAGCUAGAUUCAAGCAUUUUAAAGAUAUUGUCGUUAGAAUUUUUUUUGGUAAUUUUGUAAAUUUUUGUUAAGUUCUACUGAUUUCGGAAGAAACAGACACAUUUAGAAGGCAGUGAGUGAGACUUCAUCUUUAUGUGUAACUUCCUCUUUUUCGGCAAGUCUUCCUAACUCCAUAUUUUGGGGGUUUUUUUUGUGUGUGUGUGUUUUUUUUUUUUUUUUUUAAUGUUGACAAUAAAAUAAGGUUUCAUAAAUAAGCUUUCAUAGUCAUUUUCCAGUGAAGUCUAGGAAGUCAGGUUCAUAGCUCAGGAGUUCUUAGUUUAAAAAGUUAUAACACAUCGUUUGUUUUCUUGUGUAACUAUAUUAAGGAAAACUGUUUUCUGAAGGGAAAAUACAGCCAUGAGGUUGCCUAUCUAAACCCCCAGCCCCACUCUAUCCUCAAGGAGGGGUGGGGUGGGGUGGCGAUAGAGGUGGGGUGCUAAAUGGGAAAUAGCAGGAGUCUGGUGCAGCUUUAUUUCUUUGGAGACAAAUAUGUUUCUCGAGUGAAGCAAUGAACUUUUCAAGUUUAAAAAAAAUCAAGGGCAAGAGCGAGAGUGCAACAGCAGUAGACUGGUUCGAUUUUUUCCCCCCUUUUAAAUAGAUUAAAAAUAAAUAAAUCGUCAGGUCGCCACGUUUUCUAGGUGAGGCCCGAAGUUUUCAGGUGGCGACGGGAGGGGGGGGGACAUUUGGGGGGGGAAGCCCCGCUAUUUCCCCAAGAGAAGAGCCUAACAUGAAGGCCAGAGGGAGAGGGCGAGCAGAGCAGGGCUGGUGCGGGGCUGGGGCUGGUGCGGAGCAAGGGCUGGUGCGGGGCUGGGGCUGGUGCGGGGCUGGGGCUGGUGCGUGUGAGCGCAGGCAGUGUGUGCUGCUGGGGGUAGGCUCGCUCCUCGCUCGCUCCUCGCUCGCUCCUCUGGCUGGGAACUCCUGCUCCCGUCGCUCCCCCGCUCCCCCUGCCGCCGCCGCCGCCGCCGCCGCCGCCUGCCAGCCCCUGAUGUGAUGGCGCAGAAACCCCGUUGACAAGGCACUGCUUUUUCAUGACGUUGUCAUGGAUGAUGAUGACGACUCGUGUCUCCUUGAUCUUAUUGGAGACCCACAGGCAUUGAACUAUUUUCUACAUGGACCUAGUAGCAAAUCUAGCACUGAUGACUUGACUAAUGCAGGGUAUUCUGCAGCCAACUCAAAUUCAAUUUUCGCCAAUUCUAGUAAUGCUGAUCCUAAGUCAUCCCUCAAAGGUGUGAGCAGCCAGCUUGGAGAAGGAUCUAGUGAUGGACUCCCACUUUCAAGUAGUCUUCAGUUUCUUGAAGAUGAACUUGAAUCCUCUCCUCUUCCUGACCUCAGUGAGGACCAACCUUUUGACAUUCUGCAGAAGUCCUUGCAGGAGGCCAAUAUCACUGAACAGACUUUGGCAGAAGAAGCUUAUUUGGACGCCAGUAUAAGUUCUAGCCAACAGUUUGCACAAGCUCCACUUCAUCCUUCUUCAUCAGCAUCUUUUACUCAGGCUUCUAAUGUUUCUAAUUACUCAGGUCAGACGCUGCAGCCUAUAGGAGUGACUCAUGUGCCUGUUGGAGCAUCAUUUGCAAGCAAUACAGUGGGUGUGCAGCAUGGCUUCAUGCAGCACGUGGGGAUCAGCGUGCCCAGCCAGCAUUUGUCUAAUAGCAGUCAGAUUAGUGGUUCUGGUCAAAUACAGCUCAUUGGUUCAUUUAGCAAUCAGCCUUCCAUGAUGACCAUUAAUAAUCUAGAUGGAUCUCAGAUCAUAUUGAAAGGCAGCGGGCAGCAAGCAUCUACAAAUAUGAGUAGUGGACUCCUGGUUCAUAGACAGACUCCUAAUGGCAACUCAUUGUUCGGAAACUCCGGUUCAAGUCCAGUAGCACAGCCUGUAACUGUUCCAUUUAACAGCACAAAUUUUCAGACAUCUUUACCUGUGCAUAACAUUAUCAUACAGAGGGGCCUUGCACCAAAUUCAAAUAAAGUCCCAAUUAAUAUCCAACCAAAGCCUAUUCAAAUGGGUCAGCAAAACACAUACAAUGUGAACAAUUUGGGUAUUCAACAGCACCAUGUGCAACAAGGGAUUCCUUUUGCCCCUGCAAGCUCACCCCAGGGCUCAGUAGUGGGUCCACAUAUGUCUGUGAACAUUGUAAAUCAACAGAACACAAGAAAAUCAGUUGCCUCACAAGCAGUGAACAGCACGGGGGGUAGUAUUGUCAUCCACUCACCCAUGGCACAGCCUCAUGCACCCCAAAGUCAGUUUCUCAUUCCCACAAGCCUUUCUGUCAAUUCAAAUUCAGUACACCACGUCCAGGCCAUCAAUGGGCAACUUCUUCAGACUCAGCCUUCCCAGCUGGUGUCUGGUCAGGUGGCUUCCGAGCAUGUCAUGCUGAAUAGGGGUUCCUCUAAUAUGCUUAGGACCAACCCAUCCUAUUCAGGGCAAAUGCUAAACAACCAGAAUACCGCUGUCCAACUGGUGUCUGGGCAGACAUUUACAGCAUCUGGUAACCAAGUGAUAGUCAAUCACACAGCACCUCAGAUUGUUGGUGGACAGAUGCCCUUGCAGCAGGCAUCACCAACUGUGUUACAUUUAUCACCUGGCCAGAGCAACGUUUCUCAAGGAAGGCCUGGCUUCCCGGGACAGUCUGCUGUCACAAGUGUUUCUGCCCCUGGUCGGUUCACGGUCGUCAGCUCCUCCAGCACAGCCCUUCCCAGCCUUGGGCCCUCUGUCCAGUCAACAUCUGCAACAAAUUUUAAUGGAGACCAGCUUCCUCAGCCCAACCGGACUCCAGGGCCAGCCAGUGUGUCUCAUCGUCUUCCAGUUUCCUCAUCCAAAUGUACUGGCACCUUCAAUAGCACCCCAGGAGUAGGGACCCAGCCCCAGGUCUCCUUUUGCCAGGCUCAGAAAAAAAGCUUGAACCAGACUUCCCCCGUUUCAACUUCCAAGACCCCAGAUGGCUUGAGACAAACGCAAAUAACUGGUCUCUUGAGUAAUCCAUUGCCAGGGCAGGAUUCUGGAAGCAAAGUUAUACAGCCACCUUUAGGAACGCCACAGCCACAACAGGAGAAAGGAGUGGGUUCAUCACCAGGACAGCAAAAUUUACAGGUGGAUAAUCAUACGGUGGGACAAAAGAGACCGGCUACAAAACAGCUAACUAAAGGAGCUUUUAUUCUCCAGCAGUUACAGAAGGAUCAGGCCCAUGCUGUGACACCGGAUAAAAGCCAGUUCAGGUCACUAAAUGAUGCGGUCCAGAGACUCCUUUCUUAUCAUGUGUGUCAGGGAUCCCUGCCAACUGAAGAGGAUUUGAAGAAAGUGGAUAGUGAAUUUGAAUCAGUUGCUACUCAACUCCUCAAAAGGACCCAAGCUAUGCUUAACAAAUAUAGAUGUCUGCUUAUAGAAGAUGCCAUGCGGAUAAAUCCUUCUGCUGAGAUGGUGAUGAUUGACAGGAUGUUUAAUCAAGAAGAAAGAGCUUCUCUUUCCCGAGAUAAACGCCUGGCCCUUGUAGAUCCUGAUGGUUAUCAGGCCGAUUUCUGUUGUUCCUCCAAACAACUAGAUAAAGCUACAGAAGAGACACAAUUUGGCAGGAGUGACCAGCCUGGCAACAAAGCAUCAAGUUCUCUGAACCUGGCAGUGACCGCCAAGGUACAAAGCAGAGACCGAGCCAAACUAGGCAUGGCAGAACCAGCAAAUGAUGACCAGCCUCAUACAGUGCCUAACCACAUUAUGGUCUCCCCAGGAGGGAAUAUUUCUAAAAAAACAGAAUGCCUUGGCAAAGCCCUAAAAUUUGACAAGGCAGGUACAAUUCAGUUUGGGGGCACAGCUGAAGAGAAGGUAGUCAGGAGAGACUCUGCCAGGGGGACGGAGUGCUCUCCGGGCUCUGAAGGCCCCCUGAAAACUUCAUCCAGACUAGAUCAUGGUACGGACAGCCAGCGAUCAAGUAAUACUAUUGAACCUCACUCAGAGGGGACAUGUAACAAUUCCCUUCAAGACAAAACUCUGCGGAAUUCUCCAAAGAAUGAGGUUCUACACACAGACAUCAUGAAAGGGUCAGGUGAACCCCAACCAGAUCUCCAACUCACUAAGAGUUUAGAAACGACAUUCAAAAACAUCUUGGAACUCAAAAAACCCGGGAGACAUCUCCAAACUGACAUGGCUGGCAGUGGUUCCAUCGAAUUAGAUUUCCCCAAUUUUUCCCCAAUGGCAUCGCCAGAAAAUUGCCUGGAAAGGUUCAUGCCGGACCCCAGUGAAGGUGGUGUAGAAACUGAUUCCAUUUUAGAAGCAGCUGUAAAUAGUAUUCUCGAGUGUUAAUAGAAGCAAUCCCCUGGGCAAGUUAACGUUCUCUUCUAGCAAGAACCAAUGGAAAGCAUCCCCUAACUCCAACCAGCCUGAUCUUUCAUCACAGGUCACCCUUUUAAACUCAAUCUUAUUCUGUGUUUGAAAGCAAUACUUGUGGUUACAGGGAGAUACCCAGUAAAGCUCAUCCUUGUUAGAAAGCAGUCUCAUAGGCCCUACACAUCUCAAGUGUUAGGAUAGUGCUUAUGGUCAUUUUUGUUUUGUUUUGUUUAAAAAAAAAAAACAAAAGAAAAAAAAAACCACUGUAACUCAAUGAGAUCACAGUCCAUUAGGCCCGAAGUAAAAUGCUGACAAUCACACAUCAUAUGAAAAAAUAUUUAUUUAAAAAAAAAAAGUCCAACAAGACCAAUAGAAGCUGCUUUUGUUUUUCAGUCCCAAUCCAUACCCUGUUUGAGAGUUUUGUUUUUGGGGGAGAGGGAAAGAGCAACUCCAUGGCCUCAGACCUAAAGGCCGCCUUGAAGCAGCAGCAGCAGCUGGCUCUCUGGCUGAAAAUCCCCAUGCUUUGGCCUGGGAAGCCUGAACAGGAGCAGCAGGGCAUUGCAGGGCUCCCUCCAUCAUCCAAGCCCUUUUCUAGGGCACCUGGAACAAAACUUCCUGCUUUAUGGUAUGUCUGUAUCUGGUGAAUUUCAUUUAAGUUAUGCUCUGUCUUUAGUCACAAUAGCAUGACUUGAAUUAAUAAUGCGAGCUUAGACUCUUUAAGUGGCAAAGUGUACAGGGGAAGGAGGCCAUGAUAGAGCCAUGAUUAUUAUAUAUGUGUAUAUAUUUAAAUGCAUAUGUUAACUAUUGAGAAGAAAAAGUUUUGCAUUUUACAAUUGGAUAUAGUCAAACUAAAUCUUUAUGAUGUGGUAUGUUUUUGUUUGUUUGGGUUUCUUUGAUUUUAUUUUGAAAACCAACCCCACCAAGUGUCAAAAUGCACUUUCAUUUGAAAACAGUGUUAUGAUGUUUUAAUUUAUACUUUUUAAGGGGACUUUAGCUUUGUUUAUGAUUGUUAACUGUCAAAAAUAUUAGUUGCCCCAAGUAGCAAUUACAAUUACCAAAAUACAUAAAGACCAAAGUAAACCAGCUCAAUCCACUGUUGAAAGGAAAGAUCUUUUAAAAAAUUUAGAGCCAAAGGAUGCCCUUUGAUGGUUUGUACUUGGCCAGUGUUCAUGUUGAUGAUAAUAGAUUGUUCUUGCUUUAUUUAUUUUUUUUUCCUUCCAGCUCAUUUUUUACUCAUUUCCUUUCCUCAGAGCAUGCCACUUUUGUUAUUUUUGUCCUUAAUGCUGUUGUAUCCAUCAGUUUCUCAAUUGUUGCUGAACAACUGUAUGAAAAAAAUAUUCAUAUAUAUAUAUAUAUAAAAUAUACACACAUACAUGCAUAUAUGUAUAUAUGCUAGUUCAAAACCAGAAACCUUUUAUGAUGACAGCAGUGCACUCUCCCUCUUCUAUCUCAUGUCUUUCUUCCCCUCUUAUUGCCUGUUGCUUUCUCUUGACAUGUGCAUCCUUUAGCCUUUUACUUUAUCAUUUGUUGCCAAGAUUCCAGGCCUGUUUCUGAAUGUUUCUGGGGCAGAGGCCACCCAUUACUCUCAUGCUGGGUGUUUUAUCUUUUAGAGUGACCUGAAAAGAGAAAGUUAGGUCUCUGAUCAUUUAAAAGAGCAGCAACUUACACUUAAUGGGGAAGAGAGAAACUGUUCUUCUCUUAUCUUCUCUCCUCCUCUGUUUUAAUUAACCUGUGAUAAAGGUAGUCCUCAUAGACUCGAUGGGCCAUUUGCCCCCUUUCUGCACCCUUCUUCCUCACUAUAAAACUAGAAACCAGAAGAUCUAGGCUGUUAAAGGAUUGCUAUUUUUACUAAUUUGUGCCAAUAUCCAGGAUGUGAAUUGUCACAGCUCAACAUUCCCCAGACCUCACCAAUGUAACAUAUUAGACUGAGUUGGUACAUUGCCAGUUUGAAAUUUCUGUUUGGGCACCAUUAUCAUAAAACCCCUCUCACCUCACCCCACUCCAAGCCUCCAAGUUCUCAAACUCCUCUUAGGAAUUAGGCUACCUUAAUUUCCAUCAGGACUUUUACUGUAGGCCUACAUACAGAGAAGCCAGUAGGGUAGUGUUCUUGAGUGAGAAGAUGGAUUUCAUGCCUAUGAACCAUCUUUCCUUCCUUCUCUACCCUGACCCCAGCUGCUCCAUAUUUUGUCUUUUAUAGGGUUUAAGAGCCCUAAUAUUUGUCUAGCAGAUGGAGAGCUUAAUUUACCAAAAUAAACCUUGUAAAUGUUUGUGUCCUAUAUGUAAGUUUACUUUUUAUGGACAAAGGAUUCUUGAUAAUGACGAAGAUUACAAAAUGUAUUUUACUCUUGUCGGAUUAGGUUACCCACAGACAUACACAGAGACACGUACACUAUAACACAGACAUACAUGCACACACACACAAACACAUACACACACACAGAGCUCUCAUGUGUUGAACACCUUCUGGAACAGGUUAAAUGAAACCAGCCUUGGAUGGCUAAUAUUGUUCAGGUUCAUUAAUCUAACCUAAGUUUUAGGACUACUUGUAUUCCGUAACGAAAAUCAUUUUUUGUUGUUGUUGUUGUUGUGGAAAAUGUGAAUUUGUUAUUAAGCAUUUGAUUUUCCGUGUCCCUUAAAUACUGCCUAAAGUUAAAGCAAAUUUUGAACUGGCAAUUACGAAAAAAAAAAUAUUUUAACUCUGAAGAAUUUAGUACAAUUUGUUAGAUUAGGGAGGCCUUACAGACUGACUUGACUUCAAGAGGAUGUGUCCCUUAUUGUCAGUGUGGUAUGGACUUUAUUUGCUUAAAUACCUUCAUUUGUAUAGUAUGUCUCACUUGAAAUUGCUUUGUAUACAUUUUGUAAAAAUAUUUAUAAAAUGUUUUGUAAAAAAAAAAAGUAUAACAAAUUGCAGUUUAUUUUGUUAUGUUGGAUAAAUACUGUUAAAAGAAACCAGUCAGUAACUAUAUUGUUAAUCCAUGGUUAGGAAAUGUUUAGUUGGAGAUUACAAAAAUGAACCAACCAUUGCAAUACAGCCAAAGAUUUGGGAAAAUG